CGUUUUUACUUUUAUUUCAGAGUUGACUGAAGAAAACAAGGAUAAUGAGGAAUUGAGUGAAGUUGAGAAAAUGUAUCUCGGAACUGGAGAAAAACCUUUGAGUUGCUCUCAAACCAAACAGAAAGAUUUAAAGAAAAGAAGAGCCGAGAAAUCUUUCACCUGCACUCAGUGUGGAAACAGUUUCUCAAGCAAAUAUAAAUUUGAUGUUCACAUGACAGUUCACACUGGAGAUAAACCAUACAAGUGUUCACACUGUGACAAGAGAUUAAUUAAUUCAGGACAUCUGAAAACACAUGAGAGGAUCCACACUGGAGAGAAACCGUACAUGUGUGAUCAGUGCGGGAAGAGUUUCACACAAUCAUCAAGCCUUAAGGAUCACAUGAACAUCCACACUAGAGAGAAACUGUACGCAUGUGAUCAAUGCAGCAAAACAUUUUUGAGAACUUCAGACCUGAAGAAACACCUGACAGUUCAUACAAAGGAGAAGCCACAUUCAUGUUAUUUGUGUGGAAAGAGUUUUUCACGUCUACAAUAUUUAAAAGAACAUCAGAAAAUACAUACUGGUGUGAGAGAGUACAUGUGCUUUGAGUGUGAAAAGACUUUUACUUCAGCUGAAAAUUUAAAACAGCACCAGAAGAUUCACACUGGAGAAAAACUUUAUAAGUGUUCACACUGUGACAAGAGAUUCAGUGUGUCAUCAAAUCUGAAAGCACAUGAGAGAACCCACACUGGAGAGAAACCAUACAAGUGUUCACACUGUGACAAGAGAUUCAGUGUGUCAUCAAAUCUGAAAGCACAUGAGAGAACCCACACUGGAGAGAAACCAUACAAGUGUUCACACUGUGACAAGAGAUUCAUUCAGUCAGCAAAUCUGAAAACACAUGAGAGGAUCCACAGCAGAGACAAACCUUAUAAGUGUUCACACUGUGACAAGAGAUUUGUUCAUUCAUCAAAUCUGAAAACACAUGAGAGGAUCCACAGCAGAGACAAACCUUAUAAGUGUUCACACUGUGACAAGAGAUUUGUUCAUUCAGCAAAUCUGAAAACACACGAGAGGAUUCACACUGGAGAGAAACCGUAUCACUGCACUGCAUGUGGGAAGUGUUUCAAUCAGUCAUCUUCUCUACACAAGCAUACAAAAAACAUUCACAGUAAGUAGAUCAUCUUCAGAUCCAGCACUUUCAGGUCUGACACUGCGUCCUCAAAUGUUACACAAAAAUGCAUCAAACAAUAAAAUAUCAUCUGGAUAAAUCUG